AUGCGCUCUCCACACCUCCAGUAUCUUCAAAAAUGCCUUUCCCUCGCCGAGCAAGCUCCUUCUCUUCCCACAAAUUUCCGCGUCGGCGCCCUCCUCGUCUCCCGCAAAGACGGCGAUCUCAUGACCGAACACGAUGAGCUUCUCUCGACGGGCUACACAAUGGAAUUACCCGGGAACACUCACGCCGAGCAAUGCCUUCUGUCAAAUUACGCCUCUAGACACUCCGUUCCGGAGGACCGUGUGUCAGAAGUCCUCCCUGACACGCCAGGCCGCAAACUAGUCCUCUACGUGACGAUGGAGCCGUGUGGAAAGCGCCUAUCAGGUAACCUACCCUGCGUACAACGAAUUAUCCAGACAAGGAAGAAUGGACGGAGAGGUAUCGAGAAGGUCUACUUUGGCGUAAAGGAGCCAACCACGUUUGUAGGGGAGUCGGAGGGGUGCAAGAUGCUGACAGAGGCCGGGAUCCAGUGGAGGGUUGUGCAAGGGCUUGAGAGGGAGAUCCUGACAGUUGCGACGGCGGGACAUGAGAAUUCAGAGAAGGAGGUCAAGGAGGCCUUGAGCAAAGUCGAGACAAACCUAGAUGAUAUUAGUGAAGAUGAGGCAAAGAGGCAGGAUUUGUUGAGGCGGAAUCCGAUGAAGAGGGUGAUGGAGACGACCGUUCCCCGGUAGUACCCUAUACUACUAAUAAAAAUGUACAGUAAUAAUAAUGAGCUGUAUCUGCUUCCGG